AUGGACACGGCGCGGGUGAAGGCGGAGCCCCUGUGGGAGGCAGACACGACGGCGAGCCCCCACUCGCCACCACCGUGCGGUGUGGUCUGGGACGUGCGCGUGAAGCAGGAGCCCACAGGUGACAGUCUGGACGCGGCAGCAGCAGCACAGGCGGCAGACUCCACACUCGCUCACUCUGGUGUGGUCCGGGACGUGCGCGUGAAGCAGGAGCCCGCAGGUGACAGUCUGGACGCGGCAGCAGCAGCACAGGCGGCAGACUCCACACUCGCUAACUCUGGUGUGGUCCGGGACGUGCGCGUGAAGCAGGAGCCCACAGGUGACAGUCUGGACGCGGCAGCAGCAGCAGCACAGGCGGCAGACUCCACACUCGCUCACUCUGGAACCAUCAAGGUGGAAAUGGAGAUCAAGGAGGAGGUGGAGCCCGCUGGAGAGGGGGAGGGGGAGGGAGGGAGCGAGACACCGCGCUGGUGUGAGAGCGAGAACGCGUUAGCGACGGAAGAACUAGAAGAUUAUUUAGUUAUGGGACACGAGCAACGGGGCUGUGCGGCAGCGGCGCCUGAGUCCGGCCCGCGAGCUUGCGGCGCCGGCGCCGGCGGGGGGCGGCACCCCUGCACCGCCUGCACCAAGACGUUCACGCUGGCGAGCUCGCUCCGGACACACAUGAGGACGCACACCGGCGAGAGACCGUACAAGUGCACACUCUGCCACAAACGCUUCAGGCAGUGGAGCCACCUGAAGAGGCACGAGCGUCUUCAUACCGGCUCGAGACCUUACUCCUGCGAUGUAUGCAAAAAAGAAUUCGUAGAAUUAGAUAAUCUGAAGAAACACGAACGAGUGCACACGAAAGAGAAACCGUACACGUGCGAUAUAUGUCACAAGGAGUUUGCGCAAAUGAACACGCUGAAGAACCACGAGAGGAUCCACACGGGGGAGAAGCCAUACCACUGCCAAGUAUGUAAGAAAGAGUUCACAGAAUCGAGCAGUUUAAGGAGGCACGAACGAGUUCACACCGGUGCUAAACCGUAUUCUUGCAGAUUGUGCAACAAGGAGUUUGCACAGUUAAAUACUUUAAGAAAUCACGAAAUGACUCACACGGGAGAAAGACCGUACGUCUGCGAAGUAUGUAAAAAAGAUUUCACAAAAUUUAGCAGUUUAAAGAGACACGAGAGAGUACACACGGGGGCUAAACCAUACAUGUGCGAUACAUGCAAAAAAGAGUUUUCAGAACUGAGCAGCCUCAGGAGACAUAAAAGAAUACACACCGGAGAAAAAGAGUACUCCUGUAGAUUAUGCAAAAAGGAGUUCACAGAAAACGGUAGUUUAAAAAAGCAUCAAAGAAUUCAUAUACGUGAAGAACAAAAUAUGGGAAAGAAUGUGAAUAAAAAAGAAAGACCAUAUACGUGCGACACAUGCCAUAAUGGGUUUACACAAUUGAGCAGUCUGAAGCGACACGAGAGAGUACACACCGGGGAGAAGGCUUACUCCUGUAGACUGUGCAAAAAGGAUUUCACAGAAUUUGGCAGUCUCAAAAGACACCAGAAAAUACACACACGCGAACAACAAAAUGUGCGAAAUGAAACUGUAACAACAAAAUAAGUUAAAUCUAAGAGAGGUUCUCGUCUCCGU